AUGGGGAUGAGAGUGGCUCUACUGGUGGCGCUGGUCGCGGCGGCGGCGGCUGCCGCCGGCUACAGGGAGGACGAGAGGGAGAGAUGGGAAGGGGAAGGGGAGGGCGGCGGCCGUGAGGGCCGGAAGGGCGAGGAGUGGUUUUUGUUGCAGGAGUCGAAGCAGGUGGUGAGGACGGAGGCAGGGGAGAUGCGGGUGGUCCGGGGCGGCCGCGGCGGCGCCGGCGGAAGGUCCGCCGUGGGGUGGGGGGCGGCGCCGCCGAUGCACAUAGGGUUCAUCACCAUGGAGCCGAGGAGCCUUUUCAUCCCUCAGUACCUCGACUCCACCCUCAUUCUCUUCAUCCGUACCGGGGAAGCAAAGGUUGGACACAUAUACAAAGAUGAACUGGUGGAAAGGACUCUGAGGAUUGGAGAUAUAUAUAGAAUCGAGUCCGGCUCGGCUUUUUAUUUGUCUUUCUACGUAGCCGGAGGGACUUAUCCAGCGUCCAUCCUUUCCGGGUUCGAUCACUUGACAUUGUCCACCGCGUUCAAUGUGUCAGAAGCAGAGUUAGGGGAGAUGCUGACGAGGCAGAAAAACGGGCCAAUCGUGUACCUUACGGACACCCACUCGCCUAGCAUGUGGACAAAAUUUAUCAACAUGGAGCAACACGAAAAAGUGACACACAUGAGAAAAAUAAUCCAUGUUUGGGCCCAAGAUCUCGUGGAGGAUGAUGAGGAGCAAGAGACUUUCAUGUGGUCUUUCAGGAAGCUCUUGUUAUCCAUGUUUGGAAGGGCGGAUAAAAGGAAGGGAGAUGAGAGGAAGCGUAGGGCUACGGGAAAAGGGCCCGACGCGUACAAUCUAUAUGAUAGGAAGCCCGACUUCAAGAAUGACUAUGGAUGGAGCAUUGCAUUGGACGAAUCGGAUUAUAAGCCCCUCAAGUAUGAUGACUUUGGCGUUUAUCUCGUCAAUCUUACUGCGGGGUCGAUGAUGGCGCCCCACAUCAACCCACGAGCAACCGAGUACGGUAUAGUGUUGAGCGGGUCGGGUACAAUCCAAAUCGUGUUUCCCAACGGGAGCUUGGCCAUGAAUGCAAAGGUGGCCCAAGGAGAGGUUUUCUGGAUACCCCGUUACUUGCCCUUCUGCCAGAUCGCCUCCCGAAUGGGGCCAUUUGAGUUCUUCGGGUUCACCACCUCGGCCCGAAACAACCGGCCACAGUUCCUGGCUGGGUCCAAUUCGCUUCUCCAGACAAUGAGUGGGCCUGAGAUGGCGGCUGCAUUUGGGCUGAGCGAGGAAAGGCUGAACCAGAUAGUCAACUCCCAGCGGGAGACCACUAUACUGCCGUCUGCCACUGUGGCCCCACCCGAUGAUGAUGGAUCUGUCUAAAGUUGGGAGAAAAAUGUUUGUGAAUAAACUGGGGCUCUGCUUGUUUCUUCUGACCUAUGAAAUUGGAAGUACUUCUCCUUUUCAUCCUUUUUUGUCUUCACCUGACCUAUGAAAUUGGAAGAUCCUUUUUUUGUCUUCACCACCGUAUGAAUAUUGG